AUGCAUCGGAUACCCGACUUCCUCAACCAAAUGACGGGGUGUGCAGAUCAGGAAAGUAAAGGCAUAUCCAUUAGUAAAUGCCUCGCCGAUAGUCCACCAGCGGCCAUAGGCUCGCCAACCAAGGGAAUUUACGAUAAUCUAGAGGAUGCGGACCUGUGGCUUGCGUUUCUUCUGGAGACGGGACUGCUUGAGAUGAGUGAAGCAGGUCCAAGCCCAUCCGUUCGGGUGGCCACCCGUCGGCUAACACUAGCAGACAGCCCAGAAUCUAUCCUUCAGCAGCUUACUUACUACACCAAGACGCCCACGGCGACAGUUUCCGCAACUUUGAGAGACGACUACGAGAGUAUACACCGCCUGUGUCCAGGAUUGUUUCAUGAUACUAUUGCCUUGGAUGAUUCUAAGGAAGCCUUCCGCAAAGCCAAGAGCAUUAUAAAACAUAUCGUCAACUCACAGAAGGGAUUGGGCCCAAUGUUUGACAUUGACUUCGCCAAUAAUCUUGAUUAUUACCCCACUGUGAAACAAAGACUGGAAGAUAUUCGUCAGGAGAUAGCGCCCCGACAAAUUUUCCAUUAAAAUUAAUGUGUUAAAAUAAGAAUUGUUUUAUUGCGAUAUAAUUAAGUAAAUUAAUACAUAAUAAUAUAUAAGUAAUAUACACAAGUGGACAUGAGACACGGUGUACUGCGAGAAUGGAUUCCUUUAUUUGCCACUUUAUAGCCUUAAAUAACACUGUACGGUACAAAACGUCCCACGUCACGAUCAUUUGAACACCAUGGUGUCCAGCAUCGCUCCUAGAUUUUGAACUAUAUUGUUUGACAUUAGGACAUCUACUUUCUCUUCUAAAUGCCUCUUGGGAUCCUGCUUGCCUACGUUCUUGAUGGCGAGCUGUUCGGGCGUCAUCUUUUCCUCAUCUUCCAAGGCCUUGUUAUAAUUCUUAGCCAAGUCUAACAUGUCUGUAACU